AUGACUGGAACCGAUGUAAUAGACGAAUUAUGUGAUAUGAAUGGUCAAGAGGACUCACAGAUGGAUGUUGCAAAUUUUUUACCAUUAAUGCUCCAAGCUCAAGAUCUCGUUAGUAAACUUGAAAGUCGAGUAGUGGAAUUAGAAAGUGACCUUGAGAAUAUAAAUGAGAAUCACGAACAAGAACGUAGUCAAUUACUCCAAGAAUUAGCUGUUGAAUCAAUAGAUUUAGAAGGUCAAUUUUUGGAUAGUAUCAAUUUAUGUUUAAAUUAUUUGAAAUCCGCUCAAAAUAAUCAAAAAAAUUUUCUUAAAAGACCUUCUUUACCACCUGUACGUCAUGAUUCAAAAUUUCCUUCAAAUAAUAAUAACAUUUCUAAUUAUAAAGUUGAAUUAGUUAUCCCGCAACUUGAUCCUAUAUCUUAUAAUGUUGUAAAUAAUAAUCUUGAUACAAAAGAUUAUGGUUCCGAAGAUAUUGCUGAUUUUGAUGCUUUUAUAUCUGAUGAUGAUGAUGAUGAUGAUAUUUCUUCAAGAUUAUCAAUUGAAAAUGUUAAUUCUCUAAAAGAUGACGAUGAAUAUUCUCAAAAUUAUGAUCAUUUAACUAAUUUUGAAAAUAAUGAUAUUAUCGAAUUUCAUGAUGAACCUAAAGAAAUUGAAUAUGAUAGGGAUGACGAUGAUAAUAUUUUACGUCCUUCAAGUUCCGUUUCUAAUUCUAAAUCUGAAAAUUUUUGUUCCAGUUGUAAUACUUUAUUAGCUCAAGUUGAUCAACAUAUUGAAGAACGUACUUACCUUAAACGAGAUCUUUCAGCUUUGGCUGUAUCUCUUGCGGAAAAAGAGACCCUCUGUGUAAAAAUUCAAUCAAGUAAAGAAUCUUUGGAGCAAGAAAUUGAUGAUUGGAUAAAUGGAAUGUUUGAAAAAAUUAAUCAAUUGGUAUUUGACGAAGCUAACACUCGUGAGGAAUUAGAAUAUUUAAAUAGAGAGACUAAAGGAAAAUUAGAAAAUGCUUUAAAAUCUUCGGGAAGUAGGCAAGAUAAAUUAAGAGAAAUGAAAACAUUAUUGGUUCACUUGGAUUCUACUAAGCAAAAACAAACUGCUCCAUCAUUAAAUGAUCGAAAUUCUGUUCUUCAUCGAAGUUUGACAAAUUCAUUGAUCAAUAAUCAAAGAUUUAGUAGAAUUUUUAGUCAUAUGUCACCUACCAUUUUUUCAACUAAAAAUCCUUUUGAUAAUAUAAAACGUAUUUAUAUUGAUGGUAUAGUUUUUGAAGAAUUUCAAGAAUAUGUUAAAUCUCUUAUAAACUCUACGCCACCUACUAGUUCUAAUCCUACUCAUCAAUUUAUGAAACGUUGUAUGAGAGAGGAUAUUCAACCAUGUUUAUUUGAAGGUAAUUCUGGAUGGAAAUCACCAUUUUACAAAAGGCGUUUAUUAGAUGCUAUCAUGAAAAAUCAAUGUGAAAUACAAACGAUACAUUUUAGUAUUUCAAGUUCAAUUUCAAGCACACCGAAUACUAGUCAAAUCAGUAGUCCUAUAGAUGCACCAAAUAAUUUUAAUGAACCACCACAAGCACCAAAACUUAAAUGUGGACUUUGUGGUAAUUUUAGAAGUUGUGAUUUUCGUAUGAAAAUUUCAGAUUCGGACGCUAUAGUACCACCAUCGACAACAACUACCUCAUCAUAUCGAUUUUCAAUCUCAGGAAACCCAGAAUGGAUUCCACUUGAUAGGUUCUGUCGGGAUCGUGUUGUUGCAGUAUGUGAUUUUUACGCGUUCAUUUCUCAUUUACGUCAAGGGUUAUUUUCAAAUUCACCAGUUUGGGGAAUGUAUAAACAGUGUCUUAAAUAUCGUAGAAAGAUGAGUAUGGCACGUGUUGGUAAUGUUAGUAUGUUUGAAGAUGAGAAUACUGUCAAUAAUGAUUACUUGAACAAAUCUGAAAUGGAAGGAAUGGUUGUUGUCGUACAUUAA